UAUAAUGAUAUAAUAAGAUAUCGAUAGUCGAUGUGUUUAUCAUAUCGAUAAUUGGGUUGCACGCGCAGCCCACGAUAACAACCUGUCAGGUAGACAAGGUAAGACAGUUUACUUACCUUCCCGUGAAAUGGCGUACGACAAGAGAAUCGUAUUUUAGUGGUUUCGAGACAGAUUCGUCGUGCAUACGGCUACUGCGCGAUGGUAUGACAUCAGUGUGCACGUACUCAGAUGAAUUACAAUGCGAUUAUCAUGUGGAUGUGUCGGGUGUGAGGAAGAGAAAGUGUCGCGUGAAACGUUUGAGCCUUCAAUGAUGUGGAUGAGGUCGUUUGCGCAAGCGACAGCGGAGCGCGGGCGGGCGCUCCCGGCGCAAGCGCGCCUGCUGCGAGCUCACCCGACGUCGCUGCUGCUGCUGGCGCUGCUGCUCCUUGUGGGUGGCGCAUGGGGCGCGGACCUGGUGAUCGAGAUCCCGGGCUCCGGUGCCGGCGCGGCCGACCCCGGCGGGGAGUACCGGCUGGACUACCGGCCACCGCAUGGCUCACCAGCACCCAACUUCACUGUUCCGGCCCGGGCUUCCACCAUCAACUUCCAGGGGCUCCCGGGCACCAAAUACCACUUCAUGCUGUACUACUCCAAUGCUACCUUCGCUGACCUGCUUACUUGGAAUCAGACUAUCAUUACUGCGCCGGAGCCGCCGACGAACCUGACGGUGGCGCUGUCGCGCAACAAGCAGGCUACCAUUGCCUGGGCGCCACCGGCGCACGGAGAAUACACCGGCUUCCGCUUCAAGGUGAUCCCGCUGACGGAGCGGACGGAGGGCGGAGCCCGCAACAUCACCGUGGAGGCGCCGGAGACCCCGGGCGCGGGCUGGACGCACACGCUUAAGGAGCUGUCCCCCGGCGCCACCUACCAGCUGCACGCCUUCACGCUGCUGCACGACAAGGAGAGCGCGGCGUACGCCAGCCGCAACUUUACCACCAAGCCCAACACGCCGGGCAAGUUCAUCGUGUGGUUCCGCAAUGAGACCACGCUGCUGGUGCUGUGGCAGCCACCCUACCCGCCCGGCGCCUACACUCACUAUAAGGUGUCAAUCGUACCACCCGACGCGCGGGAGUCGGAACUGUAUGUAGAGAAAGAAGGCGAGCCGCCAGGGCCGGCGCAGGCCGCCUUCAAAGGGCUGGUGCCGGGCCGGCCGUACAACAUCUCCGUGCAGACCGUGUCCGAGCCGGAGAUCAGCGCGCCCACCACCGCGCAGUACCGCACCGUGCCGCUGCGGCCGCGCGACGUGCAGAUCCCCGCCCGCCACGUCACGCCCACCAAGUUCAGGGUCGUCUGGCUGCCGCCCAAGGAGGAGAGCGAGUUCGAGAAGUACCAGGUGUCGGUGUCGGGCGGCGGCGCGUCGCGGCGCCUGGCGCCCGUGCUGCGCGCGCGCAACGACACGCCCGCCGUCAGCUUCGACGGGCUCGAGCCCGGCGCGCACUACACCGUCACCGUCAAGACCAUGUCCGGCAAGGUCACCUCGUGGCCCGCGCCCGCCGAGAUCACGCUCAAACCUCUGCCGGUUCAGGACUUGCAGUGGCGCUACCAAAACGAGACCGAUGGUGGCGGUAUCCUCGUGUGGUGGACGCCCGCCGAAGGCAGCACGCAAGACGAAUAUAAGGUGUCGUACCACGAGGCGCACGGCGCGGGCGACAGCAGCACGCAGAGCACGCCGGCCACCAACAUCACGCUGGACACGGCGCAGCUGCUGCCGGGCCGCAACUACACGGUCGCCGUCACCGCCGUGUCGCGCGGCGUCGACAGCGCCGAGGCCACUUUCAGCGCCGCCACGCGACCGCUGGCGCCCGUGGUGCGCACCUGGGGCGGCGCGGCGCGGCAGCUGUCGCUGGCGUGGAGCUCCGACGUCAACUCGCGGCAGGACCACUACGAGCUGCGCCACCGCCGCCGGCCCGAGCCCGGCGCGGACCUGGACGACCCCGAGUACACCUUCAAGACGAUUACGACAACGGACACUAACGCAACGUUGUCCGGACUGUUCCCGGGCGCCGUGUACGAGGUGACGGUGGCUGCCGUGAGCCACGGGCUGCGCAGCGAGCGGCACACCGUCUUCAAGCCCGUCCGUCCUCUGCCUCCGACGUGGAUGGGCGUGGAGCGGGCAACGUCCAACUCCGUGGUGGUCCGCUGGCGCGGCCCCGGGCCUGGGUCCAAGCUCGGCGCCUUCCUGCUGCAGUACCGCACGCACUCCGAGCAGAAGUGGACCAAGCUGCCGCCGCUGCAGCCCGACAUCAACGAGGCCGAGGUUGUGGACAUGACACACGGCGAACGUUACACGAUCCAACUGGACACGCUGAGCGAGGCGGUGGCGGGCGACAGUGUGGACAGCGGCGAGCCACGGGAGGCUGACCACACCGUCCGCCCCAACCCUGUAUCGAACGUGGCUGCCUUGGUGGACACGCGCAACAUGACGCUGGAGUGGCCGGUGCCCGCGGGCCGCGUGGAGCGCUACGGGCUCCGCUGGUGGCCGCGCCCCGACGAGGUAGGUGUCCCCGACGCGACGCCAGCCGCGCGGAACUUGACGGCCGAGCCGGGCGUGAAGACUGUUAGAGCUCUGCUCGACGCACUGGAACCGGGCGUGGGCUACACCUUGACUGUACACGCCGUAUCUUAUAACCUGACCAGUGAUCUCUUCACUAUGGAAACGAGGACACGCCCAUUGAUCCAGUCGGAGAUGACGAUCGUGAACGAGCCGGAGGCCGACGUCCGCAACGACACGCUGCCUGCCAUUAGAGUUUUAUACACAUUGACGCCGGCGACAGCUUCCCGCUUCGAUUCGUACCGGUUCCGGCUGGAGGGCGGCCCCGGCGAGGCGCAGGAGCAGACGCGCUCCGCCACCGCGCCCGCCGCGCGCGUCGAGUUCGCGCGCCUGGUGCCCGGCCGGCUGUACAACGUCACCAUGUGGACCGUGUCCGGCAACGUGACGUCACACCCCGUGCAGCGCCCGACGCGUCUGUACCCGCGCCCGGUGGCGUACCUGAAGCAGCUCGAAGUGGGCGCGCGCAACGUGACGCUGACGUGGCCCGAGCCCGCCGGCGACUACACCGACUUCGAGCUGCAGUACCUCACCGCCGAGGACACGCUCGAGGCGCGCUCCACCACCGGCACCGAGUACACCGUGCAGGACCUGCAGCCGCACACCAACUACGUGUUCACCAUCGAGGUGCGGUCGGGCACGCCGGCCACGCUGAUGACGCGCUCGGCCGGGCUGUCGGUGCAGCUGGCCACGCGCCAGGCGCCGCCGCCCGCGCCGCGCGCCUUCCACCCCACCGACGCCAAGCCCAACCAGCUCACCUUCGCCUGGGACCUGCCUGCCAACCAGGCCAAUGGGAUACUCGAGAAGUUCGUCAUUGAAUAUGCCCCGCAGAACCAGCCGGAGAAAAACACUACUAUUACUUUCCCACCCGAAGCCCGCUCGGGCGUGGUGGCGGGGCUGACGCCGGGCGGCACGUACAGCUUCCGGCUGUGGGCGGCCACGGGCGCGGGCGCGGGCGCGGCGGCGCGCUGGACGCAGCACCUGGCCAUCGCGGCGCCGCCGCGCCCCGCGCCGCACGCGCUGCCGGCCGCCGUGCGCGCCACGCCCACCACGGUCUCCGUGCGCUUCCGGAACGACUUCUUCAGCUCGGCCAACGGCAACGUGUCGGCGUACGCGCUGGUGGUCGCGCAGGAGCCGCGCAACGACUCCAGCGAGCGCCUGCCGUCGUGGCGCGACGUGCACGGGCUGCCCGUGUGGCCGCCGUACCAGGUGACGGAGCCCUACUUCCCGUUCCACCACAGCUCGGUGGAGGAGUACACGAUCGGGUCUGAGCGCUGCGAGUCCAGCGGGCGCGCCUACUGCAACGGGCCGCUGCGGCCCGGCGCCGCUUACUACGUGAAGCUGCGCGCCUACACCGCGCCCGACAAGUUCACCGACACCGCCUACGCCGUCGUCUACACUGAGGUGGACAACACGGCGUGGAUCAUCGGCGUGUGCGCGGGGGCGGCGUGCCUGGCGGCGGCGGGCGCGGCGUGGGCGGCGCUGCGGCGGCGCCGGCCGCGCGCCGCGCCCGCCGCCGCCGCGCCCGCGCCGCGCACCUCGCGCCCCGUGCCCGUCGCCGACUUCGUCGACCACUACCGGCUCAUGUCUGCCGAUUCUGACUUUAGGUUUAGCGAGGAGUUCGAAGAGCUGAAGCACGUGGGGCGCGAGCAGCCGUGCACGGCGGCGGACCUGCCCGUGAACCGGCCCAAGAACCGGUUCACCAACAUCCUGCCCUACGACCACUCGCGCUACAAGCUGCAGCCCGUCGACGACGAGGAGGGCUCCGACUACAUCAACGCCAACUACGUGCCGGGUCAUUCAAGCCCGCGCGAGUUCAUAGUGACGCAGGGCCCGCUGCACUGCACGCGCGACGACUUCUGGCGUAUGGUGUGGGAGUCCGGUUCGCGUGCCAUAGUCAUGCUGACCAGAUGCGUGGAGAAGGGCCGCGAGAAAUGCGACCGCUACUGGCCGUACGACACUCGGCCGGUGUACUACGGCGACAUCGCCGUGACCGCGCUCAACGAGUCGCGCUUCCCCGACUGGACCGUCACUGAACUGCUUGCCUCGCGCGGCGCCGAGCAGCGCGUGGUCAAGCACUUCCACUUCACCACGUGGCCCGACUUCGGCGUGCCCGACCCGCCCACCACGCUGGCCAGGUUCGUGCGUGCGUUCCGCGAGCGCUGCCCGCCCGAUGCGCGGCCGGUGGUGGUGCACUGCUCGGCCGGCGUGGGCCGCUCCGGCACAUUCAUCACGCUGGACCGCGCGCUGCAGCAGCUCGCGGCCCGCGCCGACACGCUCGACAUCUUCGGCAUGGUGUACGCCAUGCGCCGCGAGCGCGUGUGGAUGGUGCAGACGGAGCAGCAGUACAUCUGCAUCCACCAGUGCGUGGUGGCAGCGCUGGAGGGCGCGGACCUGCAGCCGCCGCUCGGCCUCAACCACCACAUGCACCACAACCAAGCCUUCGAAGACGACGAGGGCAUCGCAGAGUCCGGCAUGUGAGACGUCGCACCUAACUUACUAUACAUUCUCUCGUUAUAGAUAUAGAUACAUAUAAGUCACAGCUGUUUAGCGUUAAGUUUUGUAUUCAUAUAUUUUUAUAUACGUCGUUCACUGAAUGAAAAGGACCAAUUUUAAAAUGUUUUGUAUAUAAGUAGCUAGGAGUGUACAGUCAGCAGCGGAGGCAACUAAGCGAGUCGAGUGUUCAUAUUAUGCAAGACGUCUCUCUCUCUCUCUCCCUCUCUUAUUCUCUUAACAAAAAUAACGUGUACAUAUCAUUCUGAACACCUGGCCCACUUAGCUACUUCUUAGUCGGCAUUGUGUCUAUGUACCUUGAUGAAAUCAUGUUGAAUUUAGAUUAUUUUAAAAUAUUGACUUUUAGAUGUUAUUUAUUUUUUAUUAAAACAACAACGGCAUCUCAAAUAUGUACUUAAAUAUAAUUUAGUCGUCUGCUCAGCGAUGUUUUUAAAAGGAAUGUUCGUAGUUGUAUAAGUCCCGUUAAACAUACGUUAAUUAAAUUUCAUGCUGCAUCAGUUUAAGGAACGUGUGUGCAACUAUACAAGGUGUAACAAAACUAGUGAAGAUCCGUUUAAAUUCAUAUUCGGUACGUGUUCCGAUUAGAAAAAAGUAUAAGAAAACAUUUUUGACCUUUGUAUGGAGGGUUGGCCGACUUAAACGACCUGCCCCAUAGACAAAAAAAUAUUGCUCGUCAAAAAAUUUUUUCCAAAUUUUCCUAAACAGAACACUAUACCAAAUACGCUCUUAAACGGAUCCCCGCUAUUUUUGUUAAACCUUGUAGGUUUACCACUACUUCAGGCGGUUGGUAAAGAUUUUCUAGUAGAUGUUAGCUGUGUUGUGGGACUAGUUUAUAAAUUCUUACAUGCAGCCAAGCCUUCAAUCAGUCCGUAGCGGGCCAUAAUAACUCUUACCAACCGCCCCAGUUGACAGGAUAGUGAACGACUGCUUCUCCAUACAUAGCCCCUUUUUUCCUUCCUGGAUAUUGAUUCAAUGGAAAUAUGUCUACCCAAUUUAUUGUAUAUUGACCAUAGAUAUGCCCUUGCGUUUAGCUUUAAAGUUUGGAGCAAAAAACAAAUUGUAUACAAUUUUUUUUAAACUCCCAACUCGAAAAAAGUAGGGGCAUAGCCAUAGUUAAUAUUCAUCAAAUCGCGUAAAAAUAUUUUCUACAAUGUUAAUAUCCAGAGAGGAAAAUGGGAACUACGUUUGUAUGGAGAAGCGGUUUCCCUGUCUUCUUCAACGGUAGACCUAUUUUGCAGCAUGUGCAGCAGCAGCUGACGCGUGGAGACCGUCCAUUAUAUUAUAUUGUAACAGAAUUGAAUUAACUACUAAUCCGGUCGGAGCGUUCGGAACGCUCAGAGUUCUGUGUCUAACAUGGUUCUGACUAACGUCGAUUUAGGUACAAUUAACUUACAAUAAGCACUUGUGUAAUAAAUACACGUAUUUUUGUACUUA